AGAAGACUGGAUGCAAAAGUUAUUUGGAAGCCAGUGUUACUAGGUGGACUCUACAAAGGCACCAAAGGAGACUCAGAAUCUCCAAUACUUGAUCAAAGUGCUCCUGCAAAGUUGAAAAUUAUAGGACAAGAUCUUCAAAGAACAAUGCAUCGUAACAAUGUAAAGUCCAACUCUCCAUCACAAUUCCCUAGAAAUUCUUUGGAUUGCAUGAGACUUCUUGCAGCAGCAACCCAGUAUUCAACAUCUACAUGCAUAGACCUGACUCACAGGUUGUACAGGGAUUUCUGGAUCAAUGAUGCAGACAUUGCACAGCUUGAUGUGUUAGAGAAAGCAGUAUCGUCUGUUGGUUGGAAGGUUGAUGUCAGUCAGGCAAUCAAUGGACGUGGAAAAGAUGUACUCUGGGAAAAUGUCAAGGAGGCACUGGACCGRGGAGCAUUUGGUGUUCCAAGUUUCUGGGUGAAUGGUAAACUGUACUAUGGAGUAGAUCGUUUACAUUUUCUUGAGAAGGAACUUGGUAAUACUAUGGCUGCUCCAUUACGUCUUGCCUCUCCUUCACCAUCGUCUCCACGUAAAGCCAAGUUGACCAUAUUUUAUGAUUUUGCAAGUCCUUGGGCAUACAUUGGCUCCACUCAGAUUCCCAAAUUACUUGCAAGUGUUUCACCAAUUGAAGUUGAGGUAGAAUGGGUUCCUAUUUUGGUUGGUGUAUUAUUCAAGAGUAUAGGAACUCCUAUGAUUCCAGCACAAAGCAUGAGCGAAGCAAAGCGCAAUUAUGGCAUGAAGGACCUCAAAGACUGGACAAAGUACCUGGGCAUUCAGUUURAAUGGACCUCACACUUCCCCUUGAAAACUGUUCCUGCAUCAAGAAUUUGCAUUUUUGACGGUGAUGAUAGACUACGGCAAACUAUCUAUGAAGCAGCAUGGAGAGAUAACAUGGACAUUUCUGACAAAGAUGUUUUAAGGGAUGUACUCAACAAGGCCGGUUUCAAUGCAGAUAGACUCAUCCAAGGAACUCAAAGUCAGAAURUCAAAGACAAACUAAGAUCAAACACUCAGAGGGCUAUUGAUAGUGGAGUGUGUGGCGUACCUAGUUAUCAAGUCAAUGGUGGAGCCAUCCUCUGGGGUCAAGACAGACUCAAUGUCGUAGCAGACAUGAUUUGUGGUUGGCAAGACAACCCUGUCACAGAAAAUGUGCUGACAUCAUCCAAGCUUUAAGCAUAUAAUGUAUAUUCUUCUGAAUUUAAAAGAAAUGCAAAUUGAUGUGAAAUUCUUAAUUAAUCAAAAAAUUUGUAUUGUCAUUGAUUAAUAAAUAAAUUAUUAUUAGUCACCCUUUAAAAACUAUGAAAGGAAGAUAUAUAAAGCUCAAAACCAGAAGAAAGAAUUUCCAAAGUAUGUCAUUUUCAAGAAAGUUUUUAAAAAAGRGUGGUUAGCGGCUGAUUGCUAAUCCAGCAAAAUAUCUAUAUAUUCUAAUUUCUAAUCAUAUGAAGAAGUUGCUGAUCCCAAUAUAAUUAAAUUUUACUGCAAAAAAUCCAAUAGUAAAUGUCUUUUACAUUGAGACAAUAAAAUCCUUUCUGUUUUUGUU